CAUUGAUAGCAAGGGAAAGAAGGGCAUGUCUCCAAAUGCAGAAAACUGUUGCCAUAGCAUUUUCCUUCUCCUGCCUAUUCCUCCUCCCCCAAAGCAGCAACAAUUUGUGCUUCACCGUUUUCUUUCAGGAAUCAGAUGCGUUUUCAGAAGCCAGAACUCCAGCGAUACACACCUAACAAAGGAACCUGGUAAGGAUACUGAGUAAGUCUGAAAGUGCUAUCAAGUUUCUCAGGACAGAAUCAUCUUUGCGGAUGCAACUGCAGCACAGGAAACAGACUCAGGGAGAAUUUCAGCUCCCCCCAAAUCUCAUUGGCCAUCUUCACAAGCCAAGCCACAAUCACUCCCGCAACACAACGGCUCCCUUUCAGCACUCGCAGCCGUGGACAGCUCCCUCCCCUCGCGCGGUCCAUUCCUCUGCAGAGAGCAGACCCGGGCUCAGCCUGCGAGGUCCGGGCGGCACUCGACACCAAGUCCUCGCCAGCGGGCACAGAAACACGCGCUCCCCCCUCCUCCCUUCGGUGCCCCCGCCCCUCGCUCACCGGGCUCACUCCAGCGGCGACUUUGAGGGAUUCCCUCUCGGGCGGCCUCUGCAGCAGUUCAUCUGGCCUCAUUCUCUGCACAGUGAGCAUGGAUCUCCGAGGAAGAGCGUUUCCCAGCGUCCAUAGACUUGGAGUUCUUCUGAUGCUGUUCCAUACAAUAGUUCAAAUCAUGGCAGAACAAGAAGUGGAAAAUCUCUCAGGCCUUUCCACCAACCCUGAAAAAGAUAUAUUUGUGGUGCGGGAAAAUGGGACGACAUGUCUCAUGGCAGAGUUCGCAGCCAAAUUUAUUGUCCCUUAUGAUGUGUGGGCCAGCAAUUAUGUUGAUCUGAUCACGGAACAGGCUGAUAUCUCACUGACCCGGGGAGCUGAAGUGAAGGGCCACUGUGGCCACAACGAGUCCGAGCUGCAGGUGUUCUGGGUGGAUCGCGCGUAUGUGCUCAAAAUGCUGUUUGUAAAGCAGGAAGGUCACAACACGUCCAAGGGACCUGAGGCAACUUGGAGGCUGAGCAAGGUCCAGUUUGUCUAUGACUCCUCGGAGAAGACCCAUUUUAAAGACGCAGUCAAUGCCGGGAAGCAUACUGCCAAUUCACAUCACCUCUCUGCCUUGGUCACCCCAGCUGGGAAGUCCUAUGAGUGUCAAGCUCAGCAGAGUAUUUCACUAGCCUCCAGUGAUCUGCAAAAGACAGUCACCAUGAUCCUGUCUGCAGUCCACAUCCAACCCUUUGACAUCAUCUCUGAUUUUGUCUUCAGUGAAGAGCAUAAAUGCCCAGUGGACGAGCGGGAGCAGUUGGAGGAAACUUUGCCCCUGAUUUUGGGGCUCAUCUUGGGCCUCGUCAUUGUGGUAACACUGGUGAUUUACCACAUCCACCACAAAAUGACUGCCAGCCAGGUGCAGAUACCUAGGGACCGAUCCCAAUAUAAGCACAUGGGCUAGGGGACAUCAGCAGGCAGCCCACCAGCCCCCCUCCCCCAGCUGGAUCAGGGAGAGGAACAAAAGCACUUUUCCACCUUGUUCAUGGGAUACACCAACAUAGCUACCAUCCAACGGGCUGGGUACCCAAGGCUUGCUUGGCCGCACCCGUGCUUCAACCCAGGGAUGGGGGGAUUCUUUCAGACCCAUGGAGUGAAUGGUGGCUCUCUCCAUGCCAGGGAAUGGGCAGGAAGGGGGUCAGCCAGCUUUCAUGCUCACGAUGACUUGGCUUUGACUCUCUAAGGAGCAACACAUGUGACUUGGAGGGGUAUCUGGCUCUGAAAUUUAGGGAUUGGAAAGAAACCCCUUUGGAGAAGAUGCCCCUUGAGGGUCACAGGAAUCGGGUGCUUUUACUCCCUUGAACACAGCUGGCUUACCCCAUACACACACAAAACACAGCCUCCUGCUCCUUAUGGCAGACCCCUGAAAGGGAUCCAUGCUUCUGGCUGGCAUUCUGCAUGUCUAGUGAUUGUCUUGGGAAUGUUUCACUGCUACCUUCACUCAGUGACUUUGCCACACAAGAACCAGUUGACUGUAACCAGGCCGAGUUGUCUGGACUCUGCAGUGUGUCAGGUCCAAUAAGGGGACCUGAAGAAUCAAUCCUGUGCUUGUUUUUCAAAAUGAAUUAAAAUGUACUACUGUCUA